AGCAAUGGCAGGGUGCUUACGUGUCCUAUAAAGUAGCUCGUAAAAUAAGGCCUCCAAAAACAUACUGUAUCGUUUUGGAUACCAAGAAGGGAAUUUCUUAAAAACAGUAGGUUAAGACACUGUAAAAUAUUUUUAACGUUCAUAUUUUCGUCUCAUAGAAAACAGAUCCAACUCAUAUCUUGAUAAUUCUUUGCUUUAAUAGUAAAGGUUGUUAUAGGAGAGCGGGUGAGUAUUUAAUGACCAGAGGGAUUGAUUUAUCCUUUAUUGUUCAGCCUUUAUGAUCACGUGCGUCUUGCUACCCAAUGGCAUGGCAGCCUGUCUCCCCAUUACUAGCCCACUGUAGUUCUCUGUGGGGCCGAGUUGCUACUUGAUUUCUCCACAUUGUUAUUUUGUGAGACUGGGUUUACUGCGUGUGUGUGUGUGUGGUAUGUGUGCGCGUUUUACUUUUGCAUGUAUCUGUUGUAUGGCUGCGUACAUGUGAACGUAUAAUUGUCCUGCCAUGUCGACAUCCGGAACACUGACUAGUUACUACGUUGAUUCCCUCAUUCUGCCCGAGAGCGAGGAGCUCUCUGUGCCGAGAUAUCCCUCCGGUCCUGGGCUCCAGCACCCCAGACAGCCCGCCUCCAUCAGCGACCACAGCGAGCUUGGGACCUGCGCAUUUCCGUCCAAACCUCCGGUAUUCGGGCCAUCAUGGAGCCACGUCCCUGCUCAGUUCCCAGGCACCGUAUCCUCUAUGUAUCAUCACCACUAUGGGCAUCCCCAAGGCUCGGUCGGUGCAGAUACAGAUGGCCGCUAUCAGUCGUGGCUGCUGGAGCCUAUGUCCGGUUCCCUGCCCAUGGCCGGAUUACCGACGACCCAUCAUUACGGAAUCAAACCGGAGAGUCUGGGGACGCGAGGUGACGGCGCUCUGCCCAGCUCCCACACGGCGUUACUGCUCUCUGAUUACGCCAACGGAACAGUAGCGACGGCAUCACCGGUGGAAAAGGACGCACUGUCCAGCCAGGCAGGGGACACGAGCGGGGAAGGUGAAGAGAAACCGGGCCUUGAUCCAAAUAACCCAGUGUCCAACUGGCUCCACGCGAGUGCCACGAGAAAAAAGCGCUGUCCGUACACCAAACACCAGAUCCUGGAGCUGGAGAAAGAGUUCCUCUUUAACACCUACCUGACCAGGGACCGUAGGUACGAGGUGGCGAGGCUGUUAAACCUCACCGAGAGACAGGUUAAAAUCUGGUUCCAGAACCGCAGGAUGAAGAUGAAGAAAUUUAAUAAAGACGGCGCACCGAAAGAGAGUGACUGAACCGUACAGUAUUUAGGCUGUUUGCGAGCUUUGUGUGUGGAAGCUCUUAACUCUGCUGGACCUUGUUUUUAAACGUCAUUGUCUUAUUGUUCCAUAUAAAAAACGUUAUAAAAGCUAUUAGGCUUAUUUGUCUUGUAAAAAAAAAAAAAAAAAAAGCAUGUUGGGCUUCAGUUUGAUGCGACUACCUUUAUAUUGCACAAUUUUAACGGUGCCCACUCGUUUUGUAUUUGUUAUUUUCUUAUGUUGAUUUGAAUUAAUACCUCGUUAAAGUGUAUCAGUUGGCCUGGUCCCUGUGCUUGUUAGUGUAUGGAUGUUUCUAGCUGUGCGUGUUCUGGUUUGUAGUUAUAUUUGUUAUCUAUCUCAGAGUCACCUGAACGUAUAGUUUGUAAAAUGUAUUAUUUUGUAUUGUUGUUUAUCCCUUACUGUUUAGAACUAUGACUGAUGACCGUGAGUUUGAAUCUAACAUUGGAGGCGUAUAGAACAGACUGAUCGCAUUUUGAAGUAGGUGCAAGAACCUCAAAAACCUCUUAAAAAUGCUAAAAUACAAAUGUUAAAUUAGGUUAUAGAAGCUAUAUCACAUGGUGUGACACGAUUGACUACCUAUGUCUUUCAACUACCUACAAUAACCUAUUUUUUUUUUCUCGAUGGCGGAUUAUAGUAGAUUUGCUUGCAUUAGAUGCUGAAUUUCAGGGAGUAACAUUUUGAAAGUACAUUAUGUUUGUUAGUGAGAGGAAAUUAAAUAAAACACUGUAGGCUACUUAUUAAAUACCUCACGGUCUGCUGGCCGUCUGACCUUUGGUUCACAAAUGUAAUUUGUACUUUAUUUAUUAAAUAAAACAAAUUAUAUCUGCGAAUGCA